UCGAGCAGAGUCCCUGUCCAGGGUCGUUGGACGGUAAGGGAGGACGAUAUAGGUCGGUGCAAUCACUUUCUUCGUCACUUGCUUGGGCCGCUCUGUGCAAGGUUUGUGUCGGCUUUCGGUGUGUUGCAGGGGGUGUUAUCGAUAGAAGGUGAUGCAGAUCCACUUGGAUGAGGGUUCUCAGGUGCGGAGCCUUGCACGACGCGUGCAGAAUGUCUUCGAGUGGAAUAGGAUGUCGUGUUUAUCUCCACAGAGUUCGUGACUUGUAGUUUUCUGUAUAGAUGUGGGGGUGGUUGGGUGUGUUAGGAGAUCUCGCUUGAGCAGUAGAAUGCUAAGAGUUCCGUGAGUGAGGAACCCAGUGGAAGAGAUAAUUUGUGGCAUUUUGUCAUUGGAACCAAAAUGACGACCCCAGUGCUGCAGACGGCCACGAGAAGACUCGGAAAAACCGAGGCGAACUGGGUUGCUGUUGUGAAAACAGGCACGGGUAUUUCCAUCUCCUCCAUCCUUUUCGAUCGCUGUAUUCCAGCUGCUGAUCUGGAUUUCGCUCUCCAAGAGCUUCUCGCAAAGAACCCUCGCCUGAGAUCCAAAAUCACAUACGCUGAGGCGGACAAGAAGCAGCAAUGCUUCGAGACGCCGGAUGAGGUUUCCAUCACCGUUCCCGUGAUCCCCUCUCGGUUUGAUUCUCUGUUACAAAGUAAUGGUGGGGCGGAAGACUCGGAGGGCGAGAUCCGGGAGCCGUGGCACUUGAUCACAGAGGAAGAGCUAAACACACCCUUUCCAACGGACUGUCCAUUCCCAGUGUUCGAGUGCAAGCUUUAUAUCUUGUCGGAUUCCAAUUGCCUCGUUAUUCUGCGCCUCCAUUCUGCUGCCGCUGAUAUUGCGAGCACAGGGAUUAUAGUCAAGCAGAUCGUUGAGUCCCUCCACAAGCGAUCAUUUGGAACCACAGACGCUGCCGUUGCAGAUAAUGGCAUUGAUCAAGCAGAGGUCAUAAGCAAAAAGAUGCAGGAUUCGGCCACUGUUGGGCAAAAAGUAGCCGAUCCGAAGCUUUUGGCGACUACUGGUGGGAAAUUGAACUACCAUCUGCCGUGCAUCGAGAGCGUGGUUCCCCCCGGUGAAGGAAAGAAGCCUUUCUGGGCUCACGGCAUGGAUGUGGUGGGAUAUGGCUUGGGUUCGCGCAGAUAUUCUUAUCUCCCCUUUCAAGACACCGUCAGUCCAAGAAGCUCCAAGCUCAUUCGUGCGGCAUUGACCGCUGAGGGCACUAAUCUCCUGCUGAAGGAAUGUGAGAAGCGGGGCGUUUCAAUCGGUGGAGCAAUCAAUGCCGCAGGAUUGAAGGCUGUGGCGGCAGUCAAAAUGCUGGGCAUGAAAGAGGAGAAUUACAGUUCUGCAGUGUUAGUUCAGUGCCGCCACCGCCUUGAGCCCAAACUUGCGGAUUCCGCCGUUGGUUUCUACCAUUCAGCGAUAUUGAGAACAAUGGACGUGUCAGAGAGCAUGCCCUUCUGGGAGGUGGCCACGAAGUGUACAAAGGACUUCAACGAGGCAAUUAGGAACAAGAAGCACUUCACAGACAUGGGGGAUCUGAACACCCUGUUGGGACAGGCGCUUCGAUUUCCAAAUCUCACCCCGAGUAAGACUCUUCGCACCGCAACGUUGUCCAUGACUCUUGAUCCCGUCCUGGAAGACGUUGGCCCUGCAGCUGCCGCAGUAGGUGUCAAGGACUACAUGUCGUGUUCGGCCGCUCAUGGAGUAGGGCCGUGCUUGGGCAUCUUUUCUUUCAUGAGACAACGCUCGCUUCAAUUUUCCUUCGUGUAUCCAUCGCCGCUGUUCUCGACAUCACAGACACAGAGACUAGUAGACCAUAUUCUUAACUAUCUCUCCGUAGGUAGCGAUAACCAUCCAAUUGCUUGAGGGCAACUCAGGUUUUGUAGGAAAUUAUGACCAUCCGUUAACAUUUACUCAGUUGAUCUGUAGUUGCGAAAACGACGAAGCAAUGCGUCAUGCGUCAGCUAACCAUUCCUUGGCCAAAUUCAAAGAUAGCAUGAAGUCUGUCAUUCAGGAACUGAAAAAGUACAAGUUCAGUCCCGUAAAAAACUGUGCUUCGUCAGAAAAUUAAGACACUAAAAAAUGAAAAGAAACGGACAGGCCUUGAAAAAAUCACAAAGCCUUACAGGUACAGGACCGGAAAGUACUCUUCGAGCUGUUCCAAUUACAAUCAAUAACUUCACUUCAUUCCAUUUGAA